AUUUUUAUUGAAAAAUAUAUUUCUCAUAAUACUUUUCUUUUACGAUUUAAAUUAGGCUGGUAAUAAUUCUCAGGCGUUUUGACCUGUCUAAAAUGCUUAUUUAUUCUCCUAUCUUUUUCAGCAAACACACAACACCUGUUAAUCAUUAACGAAGUCAUACAACGCACGAUCCAGGUUAUGCCCACCCAGAUAGACCAGUUCCCAAUCCUGGCUCAAGUGUUAAAGUACUACUUUGAAACUAAGCAGUUCCAACAACAAUGCGCGGGAGUCAUUCUGACGAGUUAUCAUGUGCUGUCAGCUGCACACUGCUUUCCUGUCGGCAUGGAUGUAAGGAACUGGAUGAUUUGCGUCGGCUCAAGUUACCGCUCUUCCGGUGGGGUGUUACACAAUGUGAAAGCUAUCAAAGUGCAUGAAAAGUACGACAAGUCAAAAAACACGAACGAUAUAGCCAUUGUGGAGGUGACUAAUCCAUUCACCUUUAACAGUAAUGUUAGACAGGCCAGAAUUCUGUCCUAUGGAUCGGAAAUAAGCCCCAAUUCUGCAUGCACUCUCGUUGGAUGGGGUGCAUUAAAGCGUUACGGUCCACAGCCAGAACAACUGAAACUCACAAAUGUCGUCACAAUAGACCAGUGUGAUUGCAUUCGGAGAUACGGGACUAUUGGGAGAAUCAUUCGAAAUUCCAUGAUUUGCGCCAUACGUAUAGACGGUAGACAAUCUGCCGCUUGCAAAGGAGAUUCAGGGGGCCCUUUAAUAUAUAACGGUGUGGUUGUAGGCCUCGUGUCUUUCGGAGUUUGGUGUCAAAAUCCUGACUACCCAGCAGUAUACACGAAGGUUUCAUAUUACACGGAGUGGAUUAAAAGGACUACGAGUGUUAUUUGAUUAAUUUGUUGAAUAAAUUUGUUUACUUUUUGUUAUGCUUAA